AAAUCAAGCAAUUAAAAUAAUUCGAUAUUUUUUGUUGUUUUAGGAGCUUUUGGAACAACUAUUUAAGUUAUUUGACCAAGAUCGAAACCAGUGCUUGGCGCAAGAAGAAUGGAUCGAAUUCCUCAAACAGAGAUUAAUAAACGAGACCCAAAUCGACUUUGCCGAACAGCUGGAGAGCGUUGCAUAUUGCCUAUGUGGAGACAAACCAAUUUACUUAGAACAAUUUUAUUUAAUUUUUUUAACAAAAGGGAUUGUGGAUAAACUUUUUAGACUAAUAGAUGAAGAAAAUUGUGGAGUCAUAUCAACUGAUGCGAUAAUGGAAUUUUUAGGAACCAUUACUAAUGCAAGGCCUCGCGUAGGAUUCGAUCAAGGUAGCCUGGAUCGUCUUGAACAACUCUUUAGGCAAACUGUAGGAGAUGGAAAAGAAAUUAAAAAAGAAGAUUUUAAAAGUAUUGUGUUAUCCAAAAACCCUUUUUUUACUGACAGAGUAUUCCAAAUAUUUGAUAAGGACAAUUCAGGAUCGAUUUCGUUACAAGAAUUUUUGGAUGCAAUGCACCAGUUCGCAGGACAAUCUCCCGAUGAUAAAAUUCGUUUUUUAUUCAAAGUUUACGAUCUAGACGGAGAUGGACUGAUUCAACACAAAGAACUUCAGCAUGUAAUACGAGCAUGCAUGGAUGAAAACGGCAUGCAAUUUAGCGAAGAACAAAUUGCAGACCUAACGAUGGCAAUGUUCGAAGACGCAGAUACUAAUAAUAGGGGAACAAUCACAUACGAAGCGCUGAAAAAUCAAUUAGAAAAACACGGCGGACUUUUAGAAAAUUUAUCAAUAAGUAUCGACAGAUGGUUGGUGCCGCCUAAACCGAACAAAAAGAAGUCUUCUUUAUUGAAAAAAAUCAAGAACUAUAGACCAUACUAUUUUAGUAUUCCCUACGUAAAAAAUAAUUACGUUUACCUAGCAUUUCUUGCAGGAUUUCUUCUAGUCAAUGCUGCUCUAUUUAUAUCCAGGGCCGUCCAAUACUCAGGAUCAAAUUGGUUUACUAUAUUUGCCAGAGCGUGUGGACAGUGCCUUAACUUCAAUUGUACCUUCAUAUUAGUGUUAAUGUUGAGACAGUGUAUCACCUUUUUGAGGACGCGAGGAUAUAGCUCGGUUUUACCAUUGGACCAACACAUUUAUUUUCAUAAACUUACUGGAUUGUUUAUAUUUGGAUACAGCGUUUUCCAUACCAUUAUGCAUGUUUGUAAUUUCAGUUUGAUUGUGGUGAACGAUCCAAUAUUAAACGAAAUGAAUUUUACAACCAACCAAUGGUUAUUUACAAGCAAACCGGGACUAUUUGGUUUAAUAGAUGGAGUGGCUAAUCCUACAGGAGUAGCCCUUUUAGUCAUUCUUAUUGCAAUAUUUAUAAGUUCUCAAGCAUUCGUACGAAGAGGAGGAUGUUUCGAAGUGUUCUAUUAUACUCAUCUUAUGUACGUACCAUUUUGGAUACUACUGAUUCUUCACGGACCAAAUUUUUGGAAAUGGUUCAUCAUACCUGGCAUAGCCUAUGGAUUGGAAAGAGCUUACAGGUCUCUGUUUAUUGUUACCGAAAGAGGAAAAACUUACAUAAGCUCGGGCUUACUUUUGCCAUCAAAAGUUACCCAUUUGGUUAUCAAGCGACCCGUCAGUUUUGAUUUUCAUCCUGGAGAUUAUAUUUUUGUUAAUAUUCCAGUUAUAGCGAAGUACGAGUGGCACCCUUUUACUAUUAGUAGCGCUCCUGAACAAGAAGACUACAUGUGGCUGCACAUCAGAGGCGUGGGUCAAUGGACAAACAGACUAUACGAAUAUUUCGAACGUGAACAAGAAAAACUUCACAACGGAGAAAUUCCUCCAUCAUCGCCUACUUGUACAGAAAAAAGAUUAUCGAACGGGAGUAUCCACAAUAACAACCAAAGCCCUUUGAAGAAGUUGCACGCAACGAUUACUAGAACAAUAUCGAACGGUGAUCAAAAUAAAAAAUCCGGUGUACAAUUAGUUGGAUUUACUAACGGAACGUUUCACAACGAUGAAUCUAAUAAAGAUGGUAACUGCGAGAUUGAGUUAACCAAUAGAGCCACUUGCAGUACUUCAGAUUUGCCGAACAGACCAAGAAAACUAUCGCCAGAAAAUAGACUGCAAAGGCUUCUGUUUACCCACAAAGCUCCUCUAGAAAAAUCUCUCUCAAUGCCUGAUAUGCAAAAUAAGGCGAAGAAACGAGAAAGAAUGAUGGUACUUAGAGAAUAUAUGAGAUCAGAAUCUGAAAAAAGCUUCAACGAGUGUCAGAUAAGAAGAGCGAGGCUUAAAUCCUUGGGAUUGGCCUAUUUGAGUCCACAAAAUAAAAGUUUGGCUCAAAGUUUUAGAUACAUGAGAAACAAGCCAACAAUUAUUGCAUUUAAAACGCCUAGUUUAGAAAACUGUGAGAAGAAACAAUCGAGCAGUUCAAUGGGAAGUAUAGGAAGCAUGGUUCGACAAAUUAGCCAAAAAAGUUUCACCUUUAGUCCAGAGCGGCAGGCAGAAGAAGGACAUUUUGCGCCAAAAUUCAUAGAAUCUCAAUUUACACCAAACUUGGUCUCCCUGAAACCGAUGAAUUAUCCUGUUGGGAAACCUUUAGAGAUAUAUUUGGAUGGCCCUUACGGAGCUCCCUCAAGCCAUAUUUUCAGAGCUCAACACGCCGUUUUGAUAGCCACAGGGAUAGGAGUCACGCCGUUUGCAUCCAUAUUACAGUCAAUCAUGCACAGAUAUUGGAAAGCCAGACAUACAUGUCCGAAAUGCAGGUUUGCUUGGGCAAGCGAUAUACCAGCUACAGUCAUGAAUCUAAGAAAGGUCGAUUUCUUCUGGAUAAACAGAGAUCAGAGGUCGUUCGAAUGGUUCGUGAAUUUGCUAUCUCAAUUGGAAAUCGAACAGGCCGAGUUAGGUGGAGCGAUGGAAAGAUUUUUAGAAAUGCACAUGUACAUAACUAGUGCCUUACAAAAAACGGACAUGAAAGCUGUAGGAUUGCAGUUAGCUCUGGACUUAUUGCACGAAAAAGAAAAAAGAGAUUUGAUAACGGGUUUAAAAACCCGAACAAACGCUGGUCGUCCGAAUUGGGAUAAAGUUUUCAAGCAAAUUUUGGACCAGAAAAAAGGUAAAGUAACGGUAUUCUACUGCGGUCCUCCCCAAUUGGCAAGGAUAUUAAGAGUGAAAUGUGAUCAAUUUGGUUUUAGCUUUAGAAAAGAAGUAUUUUGA